CUGUGAGUCCUUCACCCCCUGGCUGUUACUUUCCUCAUCCCACCAGCCUCCUCCAGCUCCAUGAUGGUCUUGCCAGUCCCUGUGGCCCCCUGGACAGCAGCUCUGACAGUGUUGCUGAUGGUGCUGAACAAAUCUGUGGUGCAGGGCAGGACCACUCCAGAGAACUACCUGUUCCGAGAGUGGCAGGAAUGCCACCUCACCCACGGAAGGCACCGCUACGUGGACAGAUACAUCUACAACCAAGAGGAGUACGUGCGCUUCGACAGCGACGUGGGCGAGUUCCGCGCGGUGACCGAGCUGGGGCGGCCCACAGCCGACUACUGGAACAGCCGGAAGGAGGCCCUGGAGCAGAAGCGCGCCGAGCUGGACACGGUCUGCAGACACAACCACGAGCUGAACCAGCGCCUCUCCCAGUCGCUCAUAGCUCAGCCUAAGGUACACGUGUCGCCCUCCAAAGGAGGGACCCUGAACCAUCACAACCUGCUCGUCUGCCAGGUGACAGAUUUCUACCCAGGCAACAUCCAAGUCCGCUGGUUCCGGAACAACCAGGAGGAAACAACUGGGAUCUCAACCACCAACCCGAUCCACAAUGGAGACUGGACCUUCCAGAUCCUGGUGACACUGGAAAUGACCCCUCAGCGGGGAGACGUCUACACCUGCCACGUGGAGCACCCCAGCCUGGACAGACCCAUCACCGUGGAGUGGAGGGCCCAGUCUGACUCUGCCCGGAACAAGACACUGACUGGAGUUGGGGGCCUGGUGCUGGGGCUCAUCUUCCUGGCAGUGGGCCUCAUCAUGCACGUGAGGAGCAAGAAAGCUCAACGAGGAUCUCGAUAAGCAGGCUUCUUGAUCUGACCUGAAAGACUGCGCGUGUGUGGCCCAGAGGCUGGUUCUGGGUCCGAUCUCCAGUUUCCCAAGAGGAUGCUGCUGCCGAGUACUUCUUCAAGUCCACAGUUCUGCUCUCCUGAGACCGCCAACCCAGUCCCUCCUCCUCAGCUCCAACGACAGUCAAGAUCAGUGCUGUCAUCUGUCCCUUUUACGAAUGCGGCCAUGUCGUCUCUGCCAUAUUUUAUUUUCCUUGAAUCAUUAACCUGCUUUUUUAUCAUAAUUACAAAUGUUGGCUAACAAUUUAUUAGCAAGGAAAAUAAGCAUAGCUUUUAUGACCAGA